AUGGGAUCCAGAACUGGAUCAACUUCGAGUCUUUUAAGUUUAAAGAGUUCCGAAGGGUCCGAGGGUUACGGCAGUGACGACAAGUCCGGACGAUCGUCGAGAGUUAGUUCAGUGUCAUCGUCCGGAGUCAAUGACGAUUUCUCUACGAGGUUACAAAAUAACGAUGUGACCGAAAACGGCGAAAUCGACUACAAGAAAUUGUACGAAGAAUCAAAAGCACAAAACGAGAGGCUAAAGGAAAAAUUGAAAAAGACUGAAGAUGAAUUGACGGAUGCUAGGAGUAAUUUAGAAAAACAUGUAAAUACGGACAAAGCGUCGCUGUCGGAAAUGGAAAAGAGGGAAAGACGAGCUUUAGAAAGGAAAUUAUCGGAAAUGGAGGAAGAGCUUAAGGUACGUGCACAAUUUUCUAUUACCAUUUUCGUGUGA